UUUGUGGCCUUUGCCUCCUUGUUCUUCAUCCUGGUCUCGAUCACCACCUUCUGCCUGGAGACCCAUGAGGCAUUCAACACCAUCACCAUCAUCAACAAGUCUGAGGCGGUGCUCAACGGCAGCCUGCCAGACCUGGGUCCUGAUUACAUUAUCGAGACGGACCCAGCUCUCACCUACGUGGAGGGUGUCUGCGUUCUUUGGUUCACCCUGGAGUUCAUGGUGCGUGUCAUCUUCAGCCCAGACAAGCUGGAGUUUGUCAAGAGCCUGCUCAACAUAAUCGACUUUGUGGCUAUCCUGCCUUUCUACCUGGAGGUAGGCUUAAGCGGACUGUCAUCUAAAGCAGCUAAGGAUGUCUUGGGCUUCCUCAGAGUGGUAAGGUUUGUCAGGAUCCUGCGUAUCUUCAAGCUGACGCGACACUUCGUGGGGCUGCGGGUGCUGGGUCACACCUUGAAGGCUAGCACCAACGAGUUCCUCCUCCUCAUCAUCUUCCUCGCCCUAGGUGUGCUUAUCUUUGCCACUGCAAUCUACUACGCUGAGCGCAUCGGCGCCAACCCCAACGACCCCACGGCUGGCGAACACACCAUGUUCAAGAACAUCCCCAUCGGCUUCUGGUGGGCCGUGGUCACCAUGACCACGCUGGGUUAUGGUGACAUGUACCCACAGACGUGGUCGGGCAUGCUGGUGGGCGCGCUGUGCGCCCUGGCGGGCGUGCUGACGAUAGCCAUGCCUGUGCCCGUCAUCGUCAACAACUUUGGAAUGUACUACUCGCUGGCCAUGGCCAAGCAGAAGCUUCCCAAGAAGAGGAAGAGGCACAUCCCCCAGGUCGCACUGGGGGGAUCCCCAACCUGCCUCAAAGUAGACCUCAACACCACCUGCAACAGCCCCCAGGGGGACGUCUGCAACAUGCAGGGGAGCAGGGUGCUGGAGCGCAACCAAUCAGUGCUGUCAGGGGACGGCAGUGGAGGCAGUGAUCUCACCAUGUCCCCCAGCACAGAGGAGAGGGUCCCCAUGCGCAGGUCCAGCACCCCAGAGCAGGAGCGGAGGAGUGGGGGGACGUGCUUCCUGCUGGCUGCCAGUGACUACACCUGCCCAGCCGACGGUGGGGUCAGGAAGACAGAUAACUGCAAAGAGAUUGUCUUUACUGGUUUCACGCAAGCAGAGAGCAGCAUUCUUAAUUGCUGGGGGAAAGGCACAUCCCUGGUGGAAAGCUGGCGUCCGGCGGCAAUCAGCCCCUACGUGCCGCAACCUACAGUGAAAGACUUUGAUCAUCUGCAGGUUUGA